GUCCAUGAAUUCUGUGAUAUCACAUAUAUUUGUCACGAUCUGGGGUUUGUUUCUUGUUGUUUCCUUGUCUUAUUUUGGUUCCAGGUUCCAUUUCCGGUUUUAUUUUGGUAGCACUCCCGGUUUCCGUUUCUGUUCCUGCUUUACUUCCUGUUAUCAGUUCUGUUCUCCCUAGCUCAUUACCUACACCUGUCUGUAAUCAGUUAAUCACUCACCUGUGUAUUUAGUCAGCUCCUGUGUCCUUAGUUCCCUGCCAGAUUGUCGUGUUUCUUCAGAGUUCCGAGUUUCGUUCGUGUUUCUUGUGAGUCCCUGAGUUCCCUGAGUGUUCCGUGUGUUUCGUGUUCUUCGGGUUCUGUUCCGGUUUUGCCUUGUGUAUCCUGCCCGACCCUGGACUACUACUGACCGUGAGUUUGUCUCAUUCCUGCCUGUACUUUUGCCGAGCCUGCUUGUGUAACGAACCCUGCCUGGACACUGGAUUAGAGAUUGCCUGCUCCCUUGUGUGCUACUUCAUUGAACGACUGGUGUAUGACCUGGACCGUCUGACCCUGCUUCAUCUAAUAAACCUGUGUUUAAUCACUAUCCUGCCUCGGUGCUGUGCAUGUGGGUCCGCCGCCUGCUUCGAGUCCUGACAAUAUUUGGGAAGGACUAAUAAAACACAAAAAGCAAACAUUACAUAUUACUACAUUGAGGAGACAGGUUUGUCAUUUAGUUAAAUCAAAGACCUUUGUUUUAUUUUAUUUUUCCACAAAACAUGACUUUAAUCACCUUCUUACUAACUCUUCAGCUUUGGAGAAUAGCCGUUUGCACGGCACUGAUGUCUGACUAUAAAGAUAUUUUUAUUGGAAUUGCGACUUGUCAAAAUGUAGUUGAAGUCUUAAUCACAUUUUGAACUUGUCAUAAAUACAUUACAGAUAUCUGUAAUGUGAAACCUGUCUAUCUUAUAGAUCAUCUAUCAUCCUAUAGAUCAUCUCCGGUCCGCUUGUCACUUUUAUAAAGCUUUGACAUAUUAAAACAACCAGUUCGUUCAAACUGCAGAUAAGCCGCUCGGCAGUCACGUGACGUAUCGACGCCUCUCGCUGUCAUUGGUCACGUGAUUCGGAACGCGCUCGAGAUUCUGCCUGACGACGAUUCCGCUUCGAGAGAUAGAUGCUGAGUCGAGUGGGAGGUCUCGAGUUGGACAUCUCUACAUUCAGCCUAAUACCUGCUGCUUGUGGAACUGCCGGACAGGACACAAAAAAACGAGCAUCCGGUUAUCGCGAGAAUCUGACGAGAACAUAAAAGACGCAACAUGGCGGGUUCAGAAGAAAGCCUUAACAACAAAGACAUAAAAGAAGAAACACGAGAUUCGGUUGUGAUAGAUCCGGGUCAGUUAAACUGGAGCAGUGGUGUAAAGCACGAGAACCAGAACUCAGAUUUUAUGAACUAUGACCACAACUUUGUAAACCAGGAGCACAUAAAGAGCGACAUUAAAGAAGAAAACCAAGAUCCGGAUAGCGACCAGAACCACAUCAAGAGCGACAUUAAAGAAGAAACCCAAGAAGUGGAGAGUGGUGGAGUGAAUAAGCAGGAGGAGAACCGUAACCAGGGCCAUCGGAGCUACGAACCCACGUUAUCCACAGAUCAACAGAAGCACAAAGGAAGAAGAGCAUCAAAGCUGCAUCUUUGUCAGCAAUGUGAUAAAGUCUUCACCAGACCAUCUGAUCUAAAGAAUCAUCAGAAGGUUCACUCUGGAGAGAGACCAUACAGCUGUGACCAGUGUGGGAAAACCUUUACAGCAAGUAGUAGCUUAAAGACCCAUGUGCAAAGCCAUACAGGAGAGAAACCUCACUCAUGUGAACAAUGUGGAAAAGCAUUUUCCUACAUAAGUAACUUACUGAGACACCAACAAGUUCACACUGGAGAAAAACGCCACUCUUGUGAAGAAUGUGGAAAAGCGUUCUUUGGCCUCUGUAGUUUGCGGAGACACCAACGUAUUCACACGGGAGAGAAACCAUACUCAUGUAAAUGGUGUGGAAAAGCUUUCUCUCAGGGCAGUCACUUGCUGACUCAUCAGCGUGUUCACACUGGAGAGAAACCGCACUCAUGUAUACAAUGUGGAAAAGCAUUUUCUGUCCCCAGUAAUUUACUGAGACACCAACGUGCUCACACUGGAGAAAAACCUCACUGGUGUAAAACCUGUGGAAAAGCAUUCUCGCUCCAAAGUAGUUUAGUUAAACACCAGCGUGUUCACACUGGAGAGAAACCUCACUGGUGUGAAAGCUGUGGGAGAACCUUUUCUCAAUUGUGCACCCUAAGAAAUCACCAGCGAAUCCACACUGCACAGAAACUUUAGAAGCAUGGCUUCACCAGUUUUACAAUAGAUGUAGCAUAUUUAUUAUUAAUAAUUUAAAUUUCAAAACUGGCGUAAGCAAAAACCUACGCCAACGUUCGGAUGUAUCAAUAACUAUGUGAAAUGUGCGUAGAUCUACGAUAGCUCCCUGGCUGGUGUACUUUUCUACAGCUAUUGGUAUCUGUUGGUGAAACUAAAAGGGCACCGUCACAGGCGCAAGUGUUAACAAAAAAAUGUAUUUUGUUAAUGUACAAAUAAUCUGUGACGUGGAAAUGCAGCUACAGUCAUCAACAUUGUGGUGAGGUGUCUGGUUCAAUGAUGAUUCAUUUAUUUCAACAAAAUUGCAUUGCACAGAUUUGAAGCUGGUACCAGAUCGGUGGCUUCUUAGUCAGUAAAUAAUUUACCUGUCUUAAUAUUAAUUCUUGUUGCGCAAAGAACCUGUGUGCCCCCAAAUAUCAUCCUGUCAACACUAGUCGGUGAUUUAAUGUAUAGGCUUCCUAUUAGUAGCUGUAUACAGUGUUAGGAGGUGUCAGGACAUCAUCCAGAUUAUUUUCUAGUUGUUUCAUCACUAUUUAGUACAAAACAGUAAGAACAUAAACAAAUAAUGAACUAACCUGAGUUUUAGUAAUAACAAAUUUGUAACGAUGAGCCAUUUGUAAUCAUAACACAACUACAUGUGUACACAUGGUACACUACACUACAUGUGUAACAUGUUUGCAUGUUGGACAGAAUUACAAGAAGCAUAUAACAGCUUUAUUUUGACUUUUCAUAAGUCCCACCAAGAAACAUGGUAAAAAGCUGUAUGAAGACACUUGUUGCUCCUACCAAAAGAUGGCACAUUGUGUCCUGUUAUGCAAAAUAGGGACAAAUCCUAGUACAUAAAACAAUUUUGCACCAAAUAACAGCAUUUUAUCUACUGAAUACAAUAACGUUGAUUUCAAGACAGUCCAAAUAAGUCUUAUUUUUAUUAGCACGUAUUCCCAAGAUAUUGCUCUUUAUCCACAGUGGCUGGUUAUUCUAAGAAAAGGGGCCUUGCCAAGAGUUAUUGAGACAAUUUUUGAGUUACUGAUGGGGGGAUCCUGUUGAAUAUAAGGUUAUGUCCUAAAACUGUAUCCAUAGUCUUUAAUUUUAAACCCGGAGAGCUGGAACCAUAUACGUGCUGUUGUUUUAAGCAACAGUUCCUCCUUGUAGGAGAAAGCACCCUUGAUCUCCUUAUCUUGGGGAAUGGGUUAGAGAAGAGUGUCUCAUAAGAAAACCGUGUUAAUUAAAAACUUAAUAUCACCUCUGUUCAGGUGUAGAAUGUAGAAUUUUGGACUUGUUGAUGCUACAAUAGAGAUAAACCUUAGUUAUGGAAAAGCUUUGGAAUAAGUAUUUAAAAUAUUUUGCAUUAAUUAAAAUAAACACCUUUUUUCACAUUUACUAGUGUGAAUACUCUUAUCAGGUUUUCCUACUGUGAUUUUUUUACAAAGUCCUCACUCUGCACAAACCUUUGGCAGAACAUCAGAACAACAAUUAAAAAAAUACUUCAUACCCUGUUUUAUUUUUUUGUACAGUUAAUACUGCUAUCUAGUUCUAUACAGUUUUUUUCUCUGUCUUAUUAAAUAAGACAAUAGGAUGCUCUUUUCACAGGCUUCUCUUCCAUUUUCACUUUUUAUGUUCAGUAACCAUCAGAGGCAACACCGAAUCAAAGCUAUGACUUUCAAGUAUUGUCCAGCCUAAGGCUUACCCGUGCAAUACUCAUGGUGUCUAAAAUAAUCAGCAUUUUUAUAUAAUACCUGUGAGGUGAAUGGAUCGUCUCAGAGGAAAAGUGCUCACUAACGCAGGCGUACAGUAGACAGAUUAGUGAACAAUGUUUAAGAGGAACAGAUCAUUUGUGUACAUAGAAAAAUGUCUCAGAUCUUUGAGUUCAGCACAUGAAAAAUGGGCCAAAAAGAGGAGUGUUGUGGUGCCAUGUAUGCUUGCAUUUUGUUUUGUGUUUUUUAUUCCCAGAAUAUGAUCUAUGAUUUAGGAUGUGUGUGUGACAUGUGCCCCAGGAUGAGGAGAAAUCUACAUUGUGACAGCAUCACCUGAAUGUGGUCCUUACUAAAUGAUGCUUCUGUUAUACAUGUUUGUGCAAUAAUUGUGAACACUGUGGUUAAUGUGGGUUACAAACUAAACAUUUAUGUAUGCAAGGUACAAAUAUGUAAUAUUUGUAAUUUGAAUACAUAAUAAACACAGAAACAAGUAAACCAAAACAGUUAAGGGUGUUAAACUAUGGUUUCAAGUUUCAAUGUUUAAAUGAGCAGAUGGUUGUUUUUCUUGUAGCGCCUCUUCUGGUUCAUAUUGUUCAUAUUAUUUGAUUGUAAAGCACUUUUGGAGUUUGCAUGUUCUCCCCAUGUUUACGUGGAUUCCACGGUUUCCUCCCACAUACAUUAGGUUCAUUGGUCAUUCUAGAUUGCCCAUAGGUGUGAGUGUGUGAAUGGUUGUAUGUCUGUGUGUUGCCCUGCGAUGGAUUGGCAACCUGUCCUGGGUGCUUAUCGCCCAUUAUGGAAUGAUCUUUAUGUAAAUUUGUAUAUAAGAAUUGCCACUUGUGGGUUAAAAUCUAAUCUAAUUUUUUUUUUUAUAAUUUAACAUGUAUUGUUAUAUAAUAUAUAACGUUUUUGUUUUGUUUUUUAAAUAUUUUUUCUGAAGACGCUCUGAAACCCCUGCUUCCCUGUGGCUCACACACAGAUAUGAUGUAGGUUUGAUCAGAGGACGUAACCCAGUGUUUCUCACACCUAAAUCUGACCACAGACAAUUUAAACAACAACAACACUCUCUGAAAGGAAGCCAUAGAUGGCAGUACUGCAGUCACCAUCAAGCUACUGAAACAUUAGAUGCUACAGGCCACAAAGAGAUCCUAUCUAAAUUACAGUUUGUGCAGAAAAAGGUUAUUUUUCUGGGUCACUUUAAUUACAGCUGAUGGCAAAUCCAUUUCACCCAAAGGAGUUGAAACAAUUUGAAACCUGCCAAAACCGUGCACGUACUGUAUAAACAGUUUAUGUCUUUUCCAGGUCUUUGUUCUUAUUGUAGGAACUUCAUUCCUAACUGUCUUUGAGGUCCCACUCCCACAGGGUUCUGAUGCAGACGUCUUUAUCGUUCACUUUUUCUCUCACAGACGUCUGAGGCUGAACAACGUUCACUGACCUCAAGCUUGCUCUUCACUCUGCUCCUACUUUGGGUCUUCCUGAUCUAAUGCUACGUGACCUUUUCACUCAGACAGUGGAUGAGAAAUCAGGUUGUAUGACUAUUUUCCUGCCAAGCUUGACCCACCUACUGCUGAACUUCCACACUGUCUGUGAGUACUGGCUGCAGCAAAGAAAGCCAUGGUGGCAUCACGUGACAUCAUAGGCUACUCUGACGUCACGUCAACAGAAAACAUCUACAGCCCGAUGGCUUAGAUGCAACACCACCUUGCUUAAAAUGAACAUUACUGUCAAGAAGUGCGAUGUGCUUAUCCCAGCCACUCUUCUUCCAGGCCCGGACGAUGAUGAUCCUCACAACUGUGUUAAUGGCUCCUCUAGAGACCCUGCUUCAGGCCAAUGUCAGGUUGGGUAUGGAGUCUGCACUUCUCAUGGCGUCUACACUACUUUGCUCAGGCUGCAGAGUUGAUCACGCUGACUGAAGCUGGUAAACUGACAGAAGGAUAGUCUUUUACCAUUUCCAGAGAUGCUUUUGGUGUCAUUUUCGUGCUCUGUGGAAGCACAGGCAGUUUUUGAAGUCUGAUGGCAAACCUAUCUUACAUCAUGGUAAGGUUGCUGCUUUGCUGGACGCUGUUCUGCUACCUACAGCUAAUGCUGUUUGUAACUGUCCGGCUCACACCAUCAAUGAUGACUUUGUUUCUGCGACAUGCAGCUGCCGACGCUGCUGCGAAGGUCGCUGACCGGCAACCCCUCCCUCUCCUGAUCCUCAUUUCCUCUCCAACACUCCCUACCCUCUCCUUCCUCAUCUCUCCCUGUGCUUUAAAAAUUUUGUAGCUCACAGGAAUGCAGACUCUGGCAGAUGAAUGGUGCCUCUGGUUCUCAUGGGGAGGACAGCGUUGACCCACAGUGGUCCACUCUGACCUCGGGUAGUUGUGAUGUAAUAUAUAAUGGCUAUUAUUAAGUAUUAUGAGAUUAUGUGUAAUAAUGCAUAGGUGUAUGUAUAUGUAUGUGAUAUAUGUAUGUUUGUACAGGUAUGAGUGUGUGCACAUACAUUAACUCUAUUAUUAGUAUUAAUAUUAAUUUAACAGUUAAACCCCAGUACAGUAGUUGUUUAGUUAUGAAUGUGUUGGCCUAAGGUACAUCUUUAUUUAGUUUUUUUGUGCCUAUUGUUUUGCUUAAUUCAUUUGUUUGGUUUCAGCAGCUGGUAGGACCGCAGCACAGAGUAGAGGAUCUGUGCGCAGUACUUGGUACUUUCUCGAUCUUCUCGUGAUCCUUCUUUCUGAUAUUGCUAUCAUCUGGGAUUGCUACAUCAGUACAGCCUUGUUCUCUUGUUUGUCCACCACUACUAUGACGGGUUAGUGGCCAUUACCAGUUUGUCAGUCUGUAUCUGGAAGUCCCACUGGAUCUUAGCUCUGUCAUUUUCAACCACCUUUGGAGGUGUGUCCCAUUUGGACUUUGGGACUUUCACCCUGUAGUCUGCACAGUUGUUCCUUUACACUAUGCCAGCCAAUAGGUCAUGGCGUUUCAUGUAUGCCUUGCCUGCUAGCAUCUUGCAUCCUGCUGUUGUGAUGGAUUGUUUCAGGGGCAUCUUUGCACAGCCUGCACCUGGGGUCCUGUUAGGUAUGGUAGAUCCCAGCCUCUAUUGAUCUGGUAGUCAUAGCCUGUUCCUGUGCCUCUGUGCUGUUUUUCAGUCCAGCUUUGUCCGGCACUAGUAGGAUUUGUCGAUCAGUCACUUCUUUUAUCUGCCUGUGGUACAUACCGUGUAGAGGUUUGUUCCUCUGUGAGGGUUCCUCCCCUUCCUUCCCCUCGUCUGGUUUCUGCUGCCUGAGGUAUUCACUGAGCAAAUCAUCUGUUAAGGACAUUUUCCUGAUGUAUUUAUGGAGCUUAGUUGUUUCAUCCUGGAUAGUGGCUCAUUAAUCCUCGGCCUCCUUCCUUUCGCUAAGCGUGCAGUCUCAGGGUGCUGGAUUUGGCGUGAAACCCAUCGUGCAUUGUAAGGAGCUUCCUUGUCUUGAUGUAAGAGGCUUCCAUUUCCUCUUUUGGCCAGCUUAUUGUGGCAGCUGGGUACCUGAUGACCAGGAGGGUGUAGAUGUUGCUCGUCUGGACUUUGUUCUUCCCAUCCAGCUGACUUCUCAGAACUCUGGUAGAUCUAUCCCUCUCAGUCCUGACUACCUUUCCUCUCCUGACCACACCUAUCCAGUCCGAAUGACAUUCUGAUGUCUUGGCUGUAUAUCCUGGUGGUAUAUAUAAGCGAGUUGAUAUCUCAUUCACUCUUGGCAUACAGCUUGAUGUCAUUAAUGAAGAGGAGGUAGCUGAUCAUAGCGUUAUUCCAUAAUAGGUGGUUCAUCUGGGGGGGGACAGAAAUGUGAGUUGAGGUUGUGAAUAUUGUAGUGAGGUUUGAUGGAGUAGGAGGGCAGUAACAGGGCUUCAUCGAAACGAGAGUUGAUAGACAGGGUAGGGGAAAUUAAAUAAGCAAAGGUGCUUGGGUGAUGGGACUUUAUUGAUUGGAUGCAAGAAUGAGGAUCAGGCAAAGAAAGCCUGGAAGAUCAGCUAAAGUUAUAAGGGCACUUAGAGUAGCAUAGGAGAGAGACAAGGCAGUAUGUGCAAAGGCUUCAUAAAUGGAGUUCUAGUAAUGAUUAAACUGAGGAAGUUGGUUGAACAUUUAGAAGGUAGGAUGUAAGAGGAUAAUAAGUGUAAAAAGGUUGACAAGGGGAGCGGAAAGAGUAGAGACAGAGUUAGUGAUGGUGGAGUUUGAAGGGAGGAGCUGCCUAGGAAGUCGUACUUUGGUUUUAUUUGUCGAAGAAACGGAGGAUACAAAUGUCGAGGAGAAUGAAACAGAGUCAGAGCCUGGGUCCCAGGAAGAGGCUAUAAGCAGAGAGAGUCGAGGGAAGGACAAGUUCCAAGAAGAAGGAGGAAUAAGGGUCCAGAGGGGCCCAGAGGGGAGAAAAGUAACCUUCAGACUGAAAACUCCAGGCUCGGAGGAAGAGUGGGAGCAGGGAAAAUCCCCUUUGAGAGUCCCGGGACAAGGGAGGUGUCAGGAUGAAUCUCCCCCACAAAGCCGGGGCGGGAAAUGGUAUUGGAAGGAAUCCCCACCGAGGGGUCAAGAGUGAAAAAGAUGGUGGAGGUCUCCUAAUUGGAAUUCAAACAAAAGGCGAAGAUAUUUUGCGUCAUGGAAUGAAACCCCGUUGGUCUCCCCCUGGCAGCAGAUGCUGGGCAAGUUUUUUUUGGGGAGAUCAGCUGAUUUAAGAAAGAAUGAUGCAGCUGGCUGCGGAGUUAGAGGAAUUAAAGAGAAAAACGGAACAGACCGAGAUGAGAGCGCAAGGAGGAGAGGCCGGCGGGGCAUCAAGGUCAGUCAGCCAGAGAGGGAGUGGAGCUAUGGCCCAAGUGGGUACCUUGGACAAAAAGAGGACCAGGGGCGAAGGGAGUGGAAAUUCGAAAGAAAUUAUCUAGUAGAAGAUAAAAAAGCUAACAAAGAAGAAUGGUAAUUGCAGCUGCUGUGCUAUGAGAUGUGUUAAAACUAGUUACCUAUUAAUCAAUAAGGUCAGUAUGUUGAUUCUUAUUGAUGAUGUUAUAAAAAUGUUGAUCUAAAAACUUCGAAGUGAUGAUAUUAAUCUCACAUUUAGGCCCUAUGGCAGGAGUUGUUUACCAAGGUAAAAGUAUGGUUAAAGAGGUCAAGUGCGUAACUAGGAACACACUUUGAGAAAUCUGAUGUGUAAUAAAAAAAUCUUGUAAUCCUACAAAUAAGGAAAGGUGGAAAGAACCGAGAAGUUAGAAAGGGAAGUACCUAGAUUGUUAGGUCAUGUUAAUAGGUGCAGGGCAGAGUUCUUACCAUGACUGUGCAUAUCUGCUGUAAAAUGCAGGCCUUUGGCCUGAUUGGACAAAAGAUGUUGAUCAUGCUAUGAAAAUAACCAAUGAGAGUAUAAGAUGAUGUAAGAGGGCGGGGGAGUAGGCACAAAAUGGGUAUAAAAACCCCAGGUUUUGGCUGGUUGGGCAGAAGACUUCGUGGCUGGGGAACAAAGAAGGAACAAAGGAACCCACAAUAAGGACAUCUGCCUGCGGGCAGUUGAGCAUCUUCACCCAGACGGGAUGAAGCAUCACAGGGAGAAUCAAGUUCUGAAUCGGAGCAAACUGGAAAAAAGAGAAUUAACAACUAACUCUCCCCCCUAAUCGGCCCUGUGGCCCAAACACCAAGCAGUAAGGGGAUUGAGUAAAAAAAAAAACAAAAAAAAACUUGACUGUGUUGAAUAAAAUUCUUUACCUUUUGAUUGAUUUAUCACUUGCUGUUUGCUUUUGCUGAAUAAAGCACAAAUUUGGAGUUGAA